UUUGUCUGUUUCAGCAUAAAGAUUCAGCCUGGCGCUGUUAUUUGUGAAGAGAGUGAACUGGUUGGAGACAUAACUAUAGGAAGCAGGACAGUUAUUCACCCAAAAGCGAGGAUCAUUGCUGAGGAUGGACCCAUCAUUAUUGGAGAGAAUAACAUAAUUGAAGAACUUGUUCAGAUAAUAAAUAGGAAUCCAGAAGGGAAGUCAAGCACUACUCAACAGGUGAUGAUUAUAGGAAACAACAAUGUGUUCGAAGUGGAUUCCUAUGUGGAGGCUACCAAGAUAGGAGACCACAAUGUAGUGGAGGCCAAAGCUAAGAUUGGCAGGCAGGUGGAGCUAACCUCGGGGUGUAUUAUAGGGGCUAAGUGUGAAGUAUCAAGUUGUGAGGUUUUAGAGGAGAACUCCGUUAUCUAUGGGUCAGAGUGCCAGCGUAGGAUAGCUGCUGAUAAACCCCCAGCCCAGUCACUACAGAUAGACUUCCUAGCUAAGAUCUUACCUAAUUACCAUUAUCUGAAAAAAGUGAAAGCUGGAACACCACAUAGAAAAUGAAUAAUUAAUUCCAAAUUAAAAUUUCAUAAUAGUGCAAUACAUUCAUCUGACCACUUUUCCAGUAUUUAUUAUCUUCAUUGUCAGUGGUGUCCUCACAUGUUAUAUUGAAUGAACAUGGAUUGACUUUAAGAUGAAGCCAUUAGAGUUAUUUGGUCAUGUGUUCAGGUUUUAGAAAAUUAACCCAGUUUUUCUUGUAUGUAAAGUAUAUGUAAUACACAUUAUCCAUGAAUUUCUCUAAAAUUGAUCUUCUUAUGAUAUUUAGGCCAUCAUUAAAAAAAAAAAAAAUGUUUGAUGUACUUUGACUCACAUUUUUCAAUUUGGGUAGGUAGAUUUUUUUUUUGCAGUAUCUGACAAAUUGAUUACAUUAAAAAAAUGCAGACUUAGAAAUUUAUUGAUAUUUUCAUUAAACACUGGACAAGACAGAUUUAAUAUUUAUUUUUAUUAAAAUGUUCAUCGAAAAAGCAUCUUAGAGAAUUAUAAACCUUUAAAAUGAAACAAUGUCUAUUUCCCUGGAAACCAGAAAAAAAAAAUCAAAAUUUAAAGUACUGAAAAAAAUGAUUGAGUAGGGGCGAUUUUACAGGUUGGUUGGAGUACAUCAAACAAAUCAUUUUUAUUGUUGGCCAUAUAUUACACAACAGUACAAUGAACAGUGCAUGAGUAGAUGUUGUAUGCUGUAAUUGUGUGCUUAUAUUUUGUAAAAGAAAAAAAAUAAUAAAAUGAGAGAAUUAAAAAUAA